GCGGGAGGCCCAGGUGUAUGCGUAUCAGCACGGCGGUCCCGUGUGCACCUGGUAUCUCGCACCAUUACCACCAGCAGCUAUCGAAGUAGUGUAAUACAACUCGUAUUAAUAUAAUAGUAGUCUACUAGUCUCGUAAUCUUUUCCCUAUGCGUACAUGUCCGCGACCGUCGCUGGUGCGAUUAUGAUUCGUUUGUAGAUGUAAUAAUAAUAAUAAUCAUAGUAAUAGUAAUAAUAAUAAUAAUAAUAAUAAAAAUUAAAAAAUUUUUUUCCGAGAAGAAAUCAUUUUCCUCUCUCUAUCGACGACGACUACACGACGUGACGACGCCGACCGCGUACCGUGAACGCGCCCGCAAACAGUCGCCAGUCGCCACGACAGAUCGGCCGCGAUGUCCGCUUUGACCGCCGGGGUGCAAUACAGUCUGUCGUCGAACCAGAACAAUGGCCUCAUGCCCAAGCAGAGGACGGGCAAGAACAAAACGCUGUUCUUCGUCAAGUUGACCGAUUCCUGUCUGAAGGCCGUCGAGGAUUACCUGCGGUGCUGUCAACAGGGUAACUCAGAAAACCUUCCAAAACCUAGAAUACAAUUUAAAGGCAAUGAAGGCCAAUUAUGCGUCCCGAGCAUAUCAAAAAAUUAUACAUUUGACUUUAGUUUAUCCAAUACAACAGACGCUGCUGCUCCUCGAAGUAGCUUUGAAUGUAUUCGUCAAAAUACUUCUAGAUCAUUAGAAUAUGUUGGUACCUUGAAUAGACAUAUACGAGUACUUGCAAACGAUGAUGUAUAUGAAGCUACUAGACAUAGAAUGGUUGCUGUUGAAGAACUACAUAAAAAAUCAUGUACACGGGAAAUUGAACUCGACAGCAAAUCAGCUCUUAGUCGCAAGAUCCGUAAAAAUCCUGCCCAAAUAAGAGCUAGCCGUCAUAAUAAUAAUUCUUAUAAUAAUGUUAAUAUUACAAAUAACGUUCCAAAACCUAUAAUUUCCAAACCUAUACCCCCACAUAUCCCUUUACCAACCAAUCAUGCAUCAGAUAUUAGCAAAAAACCAUUACGAGAUAGAAUUAUUCAUCUUUUAGCAUUAAGGCCAUACAAGAAACCAGAAUUAAUUAGUAUAUUAAAUAGAGAUGGUUUGAAAGAUAAAGAUAGAACACAAAUAAUGUCAGUUCUUAGUCAUGUAGCACAAGCAAAAGAUAAUGCAUACUAUCUAUUAAGGCAUAUUUGGAAUGAAGUUCAAGAAGACUGGCCAUUUUAUAGUAGUCAGGAUCAUAUUGUAUUAAAACGACGAAAGCCUCAAAAUUUAACACCACCUGGAUUAAGUGAUACUGGAAGCUCUGGCAGCAGUGAACAAUCCCCAAGUAGUACCGUUCCCAGCAGCCCCCCUAGUAAUGUACAUGGUAACAAAAGACCUGGGUACUACAAUAGUGCAGAUGGUUUCCAGACUAAAAAAUUGCGUGUUUCACAUUUCAAACGACCGUCACCUGAGAAAAAAUUGUCAUCAGAUAGUCCUCCACCAAUUGUAUCUAGUACUCAGUCAACCAUACGAUCACCUACUCAUGCACCCUCUCAUACUAAUCCAAUACCAAAAUAUAUUCAAGAUUUUGUGCGAAUAACAAACAAGGAGCAAAAGAAACAAUAUAAAUCUGAAUUCAUGAAAUGUCAUAAAGAAUACAAACACCUGGCUGAAAUUAUGGAUCCUGUUCGAAAUAAAUUUGCUAAGCUAAAAGAUCGGAUGUUGCUUUAUCCUAAAGGCUCAAAUGAGUAUAAGAUUUUAGAAAACCAAAUAUUACAAGAAUAUAAUGAAAGAAAACAUGAUGAUAAAUAUCAAGCAGCUAAAACACGUUUUGAUUACCUGCAUAACAAAUUAUCCCACAUCAAAGACUUAGUCCAUUUGUAUGACAAACAAAAUCCCGUUUUAGUUAGGACUACUCCCGAUUCUUCUUGCUGAAGUUAUUUAUAAUAUUAUAUAUUUUUUUUCUAUUUUAAAUACAAGUUUAACAUAACUAAAUGACAAUUUUUAUAAAACCCAAAAUUAGUUCCAUAGACAAAAGAGAUAGAAAAAUCAGUGAAUAAUCACUUAAUGGUUCGCUCAAUGUUUAAAAGUGCAUUUAUAAUUUUUUACUGUCUUAACAUUAGUUACCGGCUCCAUUAUUUGAUACGAUGAUAUGAGCCUAAUGAUAUCUUUUAAUGAUUUUUUUUGUGGGGGGGGGGGCUUGGUAUUCAAAUUUAAGAUCUAUUAAAAUACCGUUAAAAAGAUGAUUGUGUUAAAACUUAGCCAGAAAUAUUUAUUUUAUUUUUAUUUUUGUUUGUAUUAAAGUUUAACACUAAAGAUCAAAAUUGUUUAUCACACAAGUGCUUGUUUUCUUAUUUUGGAUGAGCUUGAAGUAUGGCAGCUAUAUACACAUGUAACUAAUUGGUUUCCUACUGGCUGUUCAGAAACAUUCAUUAUAUUGUUAACUUAAAUUUAGGCAUAUGUCUACGUACGACAUGUAUCCAUUUAUAUACCAUGCGAUUGGUUUCAAUUAUGUUGGUGUAUACAUAAUAUACAAAAAUUACCUUUUUUUCAAUAACAUUUAUUGUAUAAAUGUAUGAUGGUAAUUAUCAAUUUGAUAUUGAAAUGAAUACGUAUUACGUAGCAAGUUUAAAUGUUUUAUUAUUAUAAUUAUUUUUAUUAUUGUGAUUAUUAUGUUAUAAAUAUUGUUUUUUUAUUUUUAUGAUUAAAACAUAAUCCAAGUCUCACAAACAGUGAGGACUUAGUAUACAUCUUAAUGUUUUGAAACUAUUAAAUUUAGGUUUUACACAUGGUAUACAAUUUUGAAUUUGAUUUAAAUUUUGUUAGGAUUUAUAGUCAUUCAUAUUUACUAUCAAACAAAAAAACACUUAUUAAUAUAUUUUAUUAUCAGCCCAAAACUUUAAAGAAAAGUAAUAUAGUUUUUUUUAAAUUAACAAACACCAAAAAGCAAUUUUAGGAACAAAUAAAUACUAUUUACAGCUAGUAACUGUAUAUAUAAUAUAUAUAUUUAUAAUAUUUAUACGAUAACAAGCUAAAAAAACUCAUGUUAUGAAAGCAAAACAAAAUUGUUUCAAAUAAUUAUUGUUUUAGAUUUUGCGUGCACAAUGAACAAUAACAGACAACAACAGUGAUGUAUUUAAAAAAAAGAAAAACAUUUAUAAUAACAAUAAAUUAGUAAAUACAUAUAAGUAUUUUAGUUUAGGGUUUUAGCUUGAAAUUAUUAUUUUAAAGAAACAUUAAAUCAAUUGUUUAAUAAUCUUUCAUUACAAGUAUUGACAUUUAAACUUGCUAUGUCUAAAAUAAUAAUUUAUAGUACAAUUUGGGAAGCUCAUUCAUCAAAUUAAAUGCACAAUAAUAAAAUAUCAACCAAGACUUGUAUUUGUUAGGGUUUUACAUUAUUAUUAUUUUUUAACACUGUGAUAUCUAGAAUGUU